CGCACAAUCAGAAGAUGUUUGAACUCUUACAAGCGAGGCAAAAGGAAGGUUACGUCGUUCAGAGUAUCGGUGACAUCUUUUGUGAUAGCGCUAUGGAAUUUGGAAGGGAUUACGUUGACUACAAUGGACAUUUUCCUAUCGCCGAAAAUUCAGUCAGGACUGUGAAAUUAAAGAAUUCCGAUUUCAAGCGCUUCCUCGAGGAUUGUUCACGAAAUAAGGAAACCCGAAAGCUCGAUUUCAGACACUUCAUACAACGACCUACUACAAGAUUACAACGGUACACAUUGUUUCUUGAGCAAAUCAUAAAGCAUACAUCAGAUGACAAUCCUGAUAAAGGUCUUCUCGAGGGUGCCUUGCAAACAAUUCGAAAUAUCUGCAAGGAGAGUGACAACAGAGUGCACGAGGCAGAACAACGGUUGAGGAUAUUAGAUCUUGAGAUGAAGUUGAUGAAAAAGAAUGGUGACCCUUGUACCGAGCUUAAGCUUAUGGACAUAAAUCGACAAUUGUUAUUCAAAGGAGAUCUCUACAAAAAAUCGGCCACCCGUCUCGAAUGGCUAGAGCUUCACGUGUUUCUUUUUGAUCAUUAUUUAGUCAUGACAAAAAGAAAGAAAGGAGCUGAUGGGGAAAUCAAGUACAUUGUUUCGAAAAAGCCCAUCCCCUUGGAGAUGCUUAUUAUUGAUGCUUCAAGUGACGGUUCACAAGCAAGAACUCCGUCGUUCCCAGCUGUUGGACGAAAGAAAACGCCCACUUCACAAGCUUUAGGGGGUACCCAGCUUGUUACCAACUUGGAAGGUGCAGACAAUAGACCAAACUAUUCAAACAAUCAGUUAACCAUAGAACACGUUGGGAGAAAUGGAGGUCAACAUCAAUUGUUUGCCGAUUCCGCUAACACCAGAAAGAUGUGGAAGGAAAAGAUACAGGAGGCGCAGACCAAGCUUCAGUUGAAAGAAUCAAAUACGCACGUGUUUGAGUUGUUUACAUUGAACGAUACUACGUUUAGGCUUGGUCCGGUCGGAACUUCCACUCAAGGUACAACCGGAAUCUCAAGAGGAAAGGUCACCUGUUCUGUACCGUUUGUCACUCCGGAAAAACGUAAUAUGGUCGCCAUCGGUACGGAGGAAGGAGUGUGGAUGGGAUUUGGCGGUGAGGUGAACACAUUUCGAAAAGUUUUGACAAUCGGUAAUGUGAUGCAGAUGGCUGUGAUCGAGAAUUACGGGAUAUUCGUGGUUUUAGUUGUGCUCUGGGCAUAUUCGUUAGAAGCUCUAAUACCGUCGUCGUCUUCGUCUUCGAGUGGAAACGUCCAUGGUUCAGCGGUACGGCAACGUUUGUGCAGCAGUAACAAUGUCCUAUACUUUAAUGUUGGCACCAUCAAAGAUAAAACCCUAUUGGUUUACAUGAGGAGGAAAGGCAUAGAGAGUCAUUUCAAGGUCAUAGAGCCCGUUCAUACCGUUAACGCGAGUCAUGAAAAAUCCAAAAGUUCAGCUACUCGUCGUUUCGGCAAUCUCAUGUCUUCAAGGAAUGAUUGGUUUAAAGAAUAUAAGCAAUUUUACAUCCCAUCGGAAUCUUAUCAUGUGAAUUUCUUGAGAUCAAAGCUGUGUGUAGUUUGUGCUCGUGGAUUUGAAAUCAUGAACCUGGAAACUUUUCAAAAUCACACCAUACCAGACUUUACGAACCCGUCGUUCACCGCAAUAGCACGGCAAUACGAUGGAUCAAAACCUUUGGGAAUGUUCCGACUGAACGAAAACGAAUUUCUUUUGUGCUACACCG